UGUCACCUGUCCAAAAACACCCCUACGUUUUUUCUUUUAUCUCUCUGAGCCCACUCAUCAAUUUUCUUCCUCUCAUGGAAGAGAUUCCAACAAGUAACAAGAGAGAGCGAGAGGAUUAUGACGAGUUGUUGAGCUCCCCGGAGGAAAAACGGCUCCGGUCGGAUCUUAUUCUCGACAUAUUUGAUGAUGACACUGAUGCCGGAAGCGAGGAUGGCCUCGCCUCCGUUAUGAAGAGUCUUGAAGAAGAGAUAGGCUUACCUUCCCCUAUAGACCCACCGCCUUCCGAGGUACCCUUAGAUUCUGGCGAUGCGCAACAGCCAGAUCUAGGGUACCUUUUUGAGGCUUCAGACGAUGAGCUCGGCCUCCCACCGACAGUAGCCUCGUCGGAGGAGGACGGUGGGUUGGAGGUAAGGGACUGCGCAGAAGUAGAUGCUGGAUUUGGACAGAUCUGGGGUUUCGCAGACGACUUGCCCGAGUGUUAUGAUGGGUUUGAAUACUCUGCCUUUCGACCGGAUGAAAGUGAUUCAGUAGCCGGCGAGGAUGUCGGCGUUUUGGGUGGGGAUUUGUUCGGUUACGCCGAUGAGUUUUACCCGCCGACGGAUCUUUCUGAUCUGUCAUGGCGGUCGGAGUCCUUGCCAGCGGUUUAGUGGAUUCGCCGGCAACCUUUUUUUCUUUUCUUUAGGUUUCUUUUUUCGUGACAGGGUCAUAUGUGUAAAUUUUAGAAAAUGAUGAACUUUAAAGGGAAAGUUGGAAUGACAAUUAGCCGUGGAAGCCUGGUUGAUGUUAACAUC